UUGCAACGGAAAAUUACUCGUCCUCAAAUUAAGAUAUCCAGUCAAUUCAGAAAAGUGAUUCGCACCAAAUGUACAUUAUGACCCAUUGCUUCCAAAUUUUCUGCAAGAAGAAAAAAAGAAAAAUACAAGAUAAAUCAUUAUUCUUCCGAGUACACGUGAUGACUAGUUAAGUUGAAAAAAAUCACAGAAAGAUAAAUUUGUUGCCUUGAAGUAGGAGAAAUUACGUCAUAAAGAAAGUGAAUAUUAGAGUGUGGAGAAUCCAAGAACUCUUCGUUAUUUACGUCACAUGAAUUCUGAUAAUCUUUUCCAAUAGUUUUGUGAUUAUUUUAAUUUAUUUUUUGACAAUGGCUGGUGACGCUACCAAAACAUGCGGAGGGUGGAUCCUAGAACGAAAUUUGGGUUCUGGAGGAUUUGGUAUUGUCGAAUUUUGGAAGAAUUCUCGAAGUGGUGAAAAAAUAGCGAUAAAGAAAUGUAAAGACGUUGCAAGUUUAUCGGAAAAGCAAAAAGAUAGAUGGAAUAAAGAAGUUUUGAUAAUGCAGCAGUUUGAUCAUCCGAAUCUUAUUAAAAGUGUGAAAGUCCCAGGAGAAAUAGAAAAAAUUCGCGGACAACUGCCAGUAUUGUGUAUGGAAUACUGUAGUAGAGGAGACCUGCGAAAAUUUUUAAAAGAAUCAAAAAAUAUUUGCGGAAUCGAGCAACUCAAGGCGAUAAAGAUAAUGUCCGAUAUUGCAUCUGGUGUAGAAUUUUUACAUCAAAACAAAAUUACGCAUCGGGAUUUAAAACCAGAGAACAUAGUCUUGGACGAAAAAAAUGGAAAGAUUACCUACAAAUUAAUAGAUCUUGGCCUUGCAAAAGAGCUUGGCCAAGAUAGUUUGUACGCAUCUCUGGUGGGAUCCAAAAAAUACGUGGCCCCAGAAUUAUUUUUGGACAAAAAAUACAGUUGUUCGGUCGAUUACUGGAGCUUGGGAAUUCUUUUUUAUGAAGUUCUCACUGGAACGAGGCCAUUUUUGUCUCAUAUGGAACCAACGGCGACUUGGAUGAAUGCAGUUCAGAAAAAAAAAUACGAGCAGAUUUGUGCUCACGAAAUAAACGGAAAAAUUAAUUUGUAUACGGACAUAGCAGAUCCUAACGAUUUAUCAGAGUCUAUGAGAAGGAAUAUAGUUGAGUGGUUUAGAGUCGCUUUACAGUGGGAUCCAAGAAAGCGAGGAAAAUUGCCAGGCACGAAUGAAGUUGUCCUUUUUAAUAUGUGGAAAACUAUUUUAUUACAAAAGGAGCUCCACGUGUUUUUAACAUCUGAAUAUCGAAUCAUCAUUUUCCCCCUGGACGAGAAAAGUACUUUGGAAAAUUUACAACAGUGGAUUGAGGAACAAACGAAAGUUCCUAGUGAUCAACAAAUAAUUACUGAUUUUGAAGGCCGGCUCCUUAAUAAAGGGGAAUCGUUAAUUUCACAAGUCAACAUCCAGUCAGAGGCUCCUCAUGUGAUAAUAUUAAAAAAUGGAAACUUACAUUUUGACAAACUUCCCGACCAAAAUUUGCCAAAGCCGAUUGAAAGGAUUCUUAAAAACCCAAAUGAAGUUUAUGAUUAUCACGAGAGGAUUCAGUAUAUCAAGGCUGUAUUAUUUUUUAUUAAUCAAGACAUAAGAUUUUCCAAGUGGUAUCAAAUCGCUUUGUCUAUAAAAAUAGACUUGCUUGAACAGAGAUCUGCAAGCCUGGAGGAAAAUUUGAAGAAUGCAAUUGAAAGCACUUCGCGGCUGAAAUCCGAAGUGGAAGAAAUUUUGAAGGAAAUGGAAAAUCAAAUAACCCAAGGACAAAGAAAAGCAUUCCAGGAGGUGAUUAAAAAAAUUGAAGAGAAGCCUUUGAUAGCAACCACUCAAAUGACCAAAAAGUUUGAGAACUUGAAAAAAGUUAACGAGGAUCUGAGAAAAUUCGCUGAAAUUAAUUGGAUACGCGAUUUUUCCGAUUUAUUUGACAAAGCUGUUGACAUUUAUAGAAAAGAGAAUGGCGCUCUGUUAAAAGCUCGUGUAGAUUCAACAACAAAAAUAGUGUUUCAAUUUUUAGGAUUUAGGUCUUCAAAGCUCGAACAUAAUGUCGAUAUUCGUAAAACCACAGAGAACAUCUCGUACUUGGAAGAAGAAUUAUCGAAGCUCGAAAAAUUCCUGAACUCAGCGAAUGUCCUGAAAACGGUUUACAGCACAGAAUUUCAGGAAUUGCUAAAUUCCUGUAAGUCUAAAGUCGAACCUGAAUCUGGCCUUUUUAGUAUAACAAAUUCGAGUAAUAAUUCACUGAACCCAAAUUUAAAUAAUCCGUCAGGAAAUGAAAGCGAUAAUUUGAUCCGCGACAGUUUAGUGACUCGCCAUUUGUUCAAUAGCUUAGUGAGAAAUUUGCAGGAAAAGCGGCCGGAAAUUUUAGAUUUCGAUUUGUAAGGAAGACAAAUGGAUGCAAAAGAUUUUAUCUGUGAUUUAUGCGUCCUAUAGUGAGAGUGAUUUUAUGUGUAAGAUUUUAUAUUGUAUUAUAGAUUGAUAAAUGAUUAAAAUUUUAAUGUUUAUAA